AUGAAGUUCGAAGAUCUUCUCUCAGAAAUUAAUGGAUUUGGAAGGUUCCAGAAGAUGGUCCUGUGCAUCAAUUUCUUUGGGCGAUUUAGUCUCGCGUGUCACUUCCUGUUAGGCAACUUUAUUGCUGUUAUCCCUUCUCAUCAUUGCAGCAUCAGCUCUCUGGAUGCUGACGAGAUCUUUGAGAACCUGACUCAGGAGGAGAGACUCACUGUCAGUAUUCCAGUGCAGGAUGAUGGGACUCCUGCUUCCUGUCACAUGUUCUCUUAUCCUCAAUUCCACCUGCUGUCAAACUCCUCCAGCCCCUCAGAGGUUGCUGUAGUCCAGUGCCAGAAUGGAUGGGAGUAUGACAACAGCACGUUCAUCAGCACUCUCGCCACACAGUGGGAUUUAGUGUGUGACAAAAGAGCAUUGAGCAGAUUAACAACCACCAUCUUCUUCAUUGGGGUCAUGUGUGGAGCAGCUGCUUUCGGGAGCUUGAGUGCAAUGUUUGGGCGUAAGCCAAUGCUGCUGGUGUCACAUAUGUUAGGAAUGGGAUUUGGAUUGUGUAGUGCUUUUUCCUCCUCCUUCAUCAUGUUUGCGGUGCUGAGAUUCUUCACUGGAUUCACCAUUACUGGCAGUGUCAUCAUCUCCACUAUACUCAAUGUGGAGUGGGUGAGCAUUGAACACAGAAAGCUGGUUGGGGUGAUUGACAGCCUCUCUUGGACAUUUGCCUUCAUGAGCUUUCCACUGGUUGCAUACUUCAUUCGAGACUGGAGAUGGCUGACUGUUGCCAUCUCAUUGCCCACCGUUACUGCCAUAAUCACUUGGUGGUGGGUUCCAGAGUCAGCGCGGUGGCUGAUAGCUAACGGGAGGGUGGAUAAAGCUCAUUAUUAUCUUCAUAAAUGUGCUGUCAUGAAUCGUAAAAAGGAAAUUAUUGUCAGCAUAAAACCUGAGAAUUUGGCUAAAAUCAUAGUUACUGACAGAGGAAACAGGAAGUAUUCAUACCUGGAUCUGGUUAGGACUCCUAAGAUGAGGAAACUGGCCUUACUCACAGGAAUCACCUGGUUUGCAGUUGCCACUGUUGCCUAUGGAAUUAGUUUCAACAUUUCAAGCUUUGGACUAAAUAGGUAUCUCACUCAGUUUGUGUAUGGAGCCAUUGAAAUUCCUGCUAAACUGAGCAUCUAUUAUCUGCUGGAUAAGUUUGGAAGACGCAUAACUCAGGCUGGAUCACUGCUGUUUGUUGGAAUCAGCCUGAUGAUUAAUAUAUUCAUUCCCAAAGAUAAGUCAGUGGUUCGUACGGUGAUUGCUGUGCUGGGAAAAGGCUGCUCAGCCACGUCUUUUGGCACAGUUAUUUUGUACAGCUCUGAGCUUUACCCCACUGUUGUCAGGCAAAAUGGGAUGGGCUAUAACUCCUUUGUGGCACGUCUUGGUGUGUCUGUGGCUCCUCUGAUCCUGCUGUCGGAUGAUGUUUGGAGCCAUUUCUCUCAAGUCAUCUUGUCUUCUCUUGGCCUCUCUGCUGCUUUUGUGGCUUAUCUAUUACCUGAGACACGAGGCAGGUGUCUGCCGGAGACUAUAGAGGAUGUCGAGGGAAUCGGGAAGGGCACUGAUAACUUGCCACUACAAGAUCAAAAAAUGGAUGAAAAAGAAAGCAGUAGGUUGAAAUGGAAAGACAAUUUAAUUGUGCAGAACACAUAACUGUAGUAGAAUUUUUUAUUUUUUUUAUCCAUAACCCUAUUUAUGUGUCAUCAUUUAAUUAAAACAUUGAAAGAGAAAUUUGAAGGGAGAUGUUGCAUGUUUUCCUCAUUGUGAUGUUUUUGUCAGACUUGUGUGACUCACUAAUCCACAUAUAAAGGAAUACUAUAGGAGGAACAGCUC